UAUCGAUCAGUUGAGUUGCUCUUAUCUCAGACCACAUCGACACUUGAUCACACUACACUACACACACAGACCACAGUCACCACAUCAUUCAUCAUGAACUCCUCCGUCAAGACUCUUUGCCGCACCGCCGUUGCUGCCCCUCGGGCUCUCCGCCUCAGCGUCAACCAGGCCAGACGCCUUAGCACUACCACCCCCGACGCCGCCAACGGCCGUGAGGGUGCGGUCCACGACCCCAUCAUGGACAAGUUCUGGCGUGCGGAGACUGUCUCCCCCGCGGCCCCCACCGUGAAGGCCUCCGCUCCGGCUGCCAGCUCUCCUUCCACAUCGACCUUCACAUCUCGCGAGCCUCCUCUGGGUACAUCUGUUUUCGAGCCAGCCAUUGCCCCUCGCUGGUCUGAGUAA